CGUAGAAAUCCUUCCGCUGCGGAAGUUAGACCCAGCACUGCGAUCGAUGAAAGGAAGGAAAGCUGUCUGUUGGCGAACCACAAACGACAUAUCAAACAUUUACAGAUUCACACCGGACUGAAGAAAAUCUUAAACUACGCGACACGUUACUCUAAAAGGCUUGAAACUUAAAUUGGCGGGUAGGGAGAAGGGCCAUAGCGCCGCUGGCGGUUGGACAACAUAUAGCAACAGAGAAGAAGAAGCAACGGCGGCUUCACUGACAUUUUCUACCCGUACACGGAGGCUACAAGGCAGCCGAAACAAGCGUGAAAAUGCCGGGCAUGAUGGACAAAGGCUCGGAAUACCUCGGUAAAGGGCGCUCGAACGGAACCAAGAGUCCGUCGAACGCUUCUAACGGACACUUUUCAGAGGAGAGCGGUAGCGACGACGAGCACGAUGUGGGGAUGCGGGUCGGAGCAGAUUACCAGGCCAGUAUCCCAGAAUUCGAGCCCGGUUCUACCAAGUACACAGACAAAGACAGUGGAGGGAUGCUGGUCUGGUCUCCAUAUCACACCAUUGUCGACUCCAAAUUGGACGAGUACAUCGCCAUCGCCAAAGAAAAACAUGGAUACAAUGUUGAGCAGGCUCUGGGCAUGCUCUUUUGGCACAAACACAACAUUGAAAAGUCUCUGGCCGACCUGCCCAACUUCACCCCGUUUCCAGAUGAGUGGACGGUGGAGGACAAAGUCCUGUUCGAACAGGCCUUCAGUUUCCACGGGAAGAGUUUUCACCGCAUCCAACAGAUGUUACCAGACAAGUCCAUCUCCAGUCUGGUGAAGUAUUACUACUCCUGGAAGAAAACUCGCUCCAGGACCAGUCUGAUGGACCGACAGGCUCGCAAACUGGCCAACAGGAGCAACCAGGAUGACAGGUUACUACUCAUUCUGCAUGAUGAGGAGGCGGAGGAAGCCAAUCCCAUCGAAGCCAACGACAGUGACUACGACCCAAACAAGGAGGCCAAGAAAGAGAACCAGCCAGAGCCCACAGUUCCAGGCUCUAAGGUGGCUCUUGGCCGACGCGAGCACCAGACUCUACAGCAUCGGCAUCACCAGCGUUCCCGCUGCCGACCCCCCAAAGGCAUGUACUUAAGCCAAGAAGACGUGGUUGCUGUUUCGUGUAGUGCCUCGGCUGCUAACACCCUGCUUCGACAGCUGGACAUGGAGCUGGUGUCGCUCAAGAGACAGGUGCAGAACGCCAAACAGAUGAACAGUGGACUUAAACACCUGCUAGAGGCUGGGAUUGAUGAGCUGAAACUACAGGAGUGUAACCAGAAGGUGAAUGCCCGCUGGACGACAGAUGAGCAGCUACUCGCUGUUCAAGGUGUGAGGAAAUAUGGAAAAGACUUCCAGGCCAUUGCAGACGUCAUAGGGAACAAGACAGUCGGCCAAGUGAAGAACUUUUUCGUCAACUAUCGGCGACGCUUUAACCUGGAGGAGGUGCUGCAGGAGUGGGAGGCAGAGCAGGGAACGAGAGCUCCCAACGGGGACAGCGCCAACUCUGGUGAGGAGGGGAAGAACAUCUCCAACACUCCAUCGGGGAAGAGCACAGAUGAAGAAGAUGAAGAGGGUCAGGUGACCUCCUCAGGUGCGUCUCCUGCUGCCUCCUCGUCCUCUUCUGCUCAUACUCCAGUGACAACUGGUAGCGCCUCCUCCUCCCUCCAUCAGCCUCCACCCCUUCUACGGCCCUCACUGCCAGCUACGCCCUCUCUCCAUCGCCAGCCCCCACCCCUCCAGCAGCAGGCCCGCUUCUUGCAGCCCCGCCCAGCGCUGCAGCAGCCACCACCACUCAUUCGACCCUCCAACCCGAUGCCCCCACGCCUCAAUCCUCGGCCUCCCGCUCCAAUGAGCCUUGGCAGCAACGUUGCGGGGGCAGGUCCCGGCACUGCCCAGCAGGCCUCUGGUCUGGCCAUCCACCAAUCAGAGACAGCCUCAUCCUCCUCCAUCCAUUAACCAAGUUAUCGUUGGUAAAGAGCUGCGUCAAGUCCUGAAAUUCACACACAGAAAUUGUACGCAAAAAUGACCGGACUCAUUUGAUGGCGUUAUUUUUUUAACCACAAAGUUUGCCACGCAUGAGGCCAUGGGAGAAAACUUGCUCAGAUAACAAAUGGAAACUUUUUUUUUGUAGACAACGUACUACAACACACACAAGACAUUUAGCAAUUUUACAUUGUAUCAUUUUUUUUUAUAAUUUCGUCUCCUUUAUAUGUAAUUGAAUAUGUAAAUCCUUUGUUCAAUUUAAUCUCAGUGACAAAAACUGGCCACAUGGGGCAGAGUAGACCCCCCCGCCCCGUGUCCCUGUGAUUUAAAACCAUACAUUUUCUCAGGGACAUUGGUGAGGCAGGAUAAGUGGCUAAACAUGUGGAGGCUGUCUAAAGAAGUCUCUUGACAAGACAACUUCUGUAUUUAUAUUCUUCUUCUCUUUUAAUCAUCUAUCACCUAAAUAUAAGUUAAUUAGAUAGCCACAUAGGACUGUCACCUGUUCUCUAGCUGUCCACCAGGGGGUGAAAAACAUCAACACUAAUUUAAAUUGUUCGUUUCAUCAAGCGGUCAUAUUUGAUAGAGGAUCAACCUCACUGCCUUACAUACAUUGUGAAUUAUUAUCCUUUUCUAUAUAAAACUAAAAAGUUUGCCCCCUGGUGGCCAGAAUCCUAGUUUCAAACAGUAUCAUGUGGGCUCUUCCUGGACUUAUGUCCAUUGUUUUGAAUUCAGUCUGCUUUCGUUAAAUCCUUUAUUAAUUAUAAUUAGUGCAAAAAAAAAAAAUUAAGUGGUACUGUUGUUUUUAUAGUAUGUUUUUUUAACCUACUGGUUCUUUUUUAAUUAGGUUGGAUUAUUUCCUUUGUGGUGCUGAGAAUAGAAACGUCUAGAAGGUUGUCCUGUUCAGUCACUCUAAGUCUCUCUGCAUCUUCAUGUCUGGUUCUGUUUAUAUAUGAAUAUACUUUAGACUCACAGCACAGAGAAGCAGUCUGAGGCUGUGAGUGCGUCAACUACAGUCAGGACAGUCGACUGUUCUACAACUACAGUUUAACAUUGAGCCUGUUUUUUAUGUCAAGUUUUUUUUUUUUUUUUAAUAACCAUGUUGUUGUCUGGAGUGUCUGUCUUUCUUGCCUGACGACUUUUCCUCAUCUGUAUCUUAACAUUAAAUGUAACAAACAUUAAUGGAAAUUAUGUUACAUCUUUAGGGGACUCUGUAAAAUGCUCUGCUUGGUUUCAUUUUAUUAAAAAUCCUAUCACCAUGUAAA